AUGACCCCCAACAACACCCCCAUCCUUGAUCCAAACGCUGACAUCUUCAACGAAAAUGACAAAACUACAGUGGACAUUGAUGCCAUCAUGGACCACAUCGUUAUUACCUUUUACACACUUAUCCUCAUUCUGGGCACCACUGGAAACGCUGUGGUCAUCUGGAUAUCUGGGUUCCAUCUGAAGCCCACCGUCACCAACGUGUGGCUCGUCAAUUUGGCCGUGGCGGACUUUAUUUUCAGUCUCACCCGUAUCACCUCGUGGAUAAAGAAACUCUUCUACAGUUAUUGGCCUUUUGGAGUCUUUCUUUGCAAGUUCAGUGGAUUCUUUAAGUACACCAACAUGUUUUGCAGCGUUUUCAUUCUGGCUGUCAUUAGCCUGGACAGGGCAAUCUGCAUCUGGCUCCCGGUGCUCACUAAGCGGAGACGGAGUCUACUCGCGGCUCGACUCAUCAGCGUAGGGGUUUGGAUCGUGGCUGUGAUCUUCAGUGCACCGUAUUAUGUGUACCGGCAGGUCAUUAGUGGAAAGAAUAACCUGAGCAAGUGCACUAUGGAGGGAAAGGAAUCGAUUGAAGGUGAUGGCACGGCUAAACUGGCCUUGUACAGCAUUCGCUUUAUGUGUGGUUUCCUGUUGCCCUUCCUGGUAAUCAUCACCUGCUACAUACUAGCCGGUAUCGGCAUACGGCGAACGCGCCUCUCUCGCAAAUCCCGACCCCUUCGGAUUCUUGUUUCCUUGGUCUGUGCCUUUUUCAUCUGCUGGGGGCCUUACCACAUACUCCUUUUGGUCAAGAUGGUGAACGGCAAAUCCCAAGCGGUGAAAGUGGGCCUGCCUAUAGCUAAGAGUAUAGCUUACUUCAACAGCUGUGUUAACCCACUGCUUUAUUUCUGCAUGGGGGUUGAUUUGAAGCAACAUUUUAACCAAAGCUUGCUGGGGGUUUACCGGAGAGCUCUAGCUGAGGACUGGGAGGAUUGUGGGAACAUCCCGCAAUCUCAGGAACACACCAUGGAUGAAAGCUCCAAUAGUUUUCCAAAGUAAAACAGACAAAGCUACUAUUUAAUAAAG